GUUUCCAUUCUAACUCAGCCGAGGACUUACAGAACAGAUUUCUUCAUUUGCAGCAUACAGCUACAGAGGCAACCCAGCUCUAAGUGGUUACUGAUUCAGCUGCAAACAGAGGUCACCGUCAUCACCGCCAUCUUCCUUUGCAUCAGAAUAGCUACGCCAUGGUUCACCCCCUAGAGAACACGAAUGUUGGUGGAUGGAGCAAUGUGGUACUUGCAUAUAAGACUCUAGGAGUUGUAUUUGGAGGGCUUGUAACAUCUCCUUUGUAUGUAUAUCCAUCAAUGCCUUUGAAAUCUCCCACUGAAGAGAAAUACUUGGGAAUCUUCAGCAUCAUGUUUUGGACUCUUACCCUCAUUGGGGUUGUCAAGUAUUGUGGCAUAGCUCUUAAAGCAGAUGAUCAAGGAGAAGGGGGAACAUUUGCAUUGUAUUCAUUGCUUUGUAGGAACAUGAAUAUUGGAAUCCUUUCUUCUAAACGUGCUAAUUCUAACUCAAUCUUGUCUGAAAACACUGAAAGGAGAAGUAGGCUUGUCAAAUUUUUUGAGAAAAGUAUAGUUGCCAGGAGAGGGUUGCUUUUUGUUGCUAUUUUAGGAAUGUGCAUGCUAAUUGGCGAUGGCAUCCUUACCCCUGCAAUCUCAGUUUUGUCAGCAAUGGAUGGAGUAAAAGCGCGGUUUGAUUCUGUCAGUAAAUCUCUGGUGGAAGCCCUUUCUGCAGUAGUUCUUGUUGUUAUCUUCCUGCUACAGAAAUAUGGCACUUCUCGAGUGAGCUUUAUGUUUUCUCCCAUCAUGGCUGCAUGGACUUUGAGCACUCCAAUUGUUGGAAUUUAUAGCAUUGUACAUCAUUACCCCAGUAUAUUCAAGGCACUAUCACCUCAUUACAUCUUUCUUUUCUUUUCAAGAAAUGGAAAAGAAGGGUGGCUGCUGCUUGGUGGUACCAUCCUUAGCAUCACUGGUUCUGAAGCAAUGUUUGCAGAUCUAGGUCAUUUUAACAAGCGUUCCAUUCAGCUGGCUUUCUUUUUUACAAUAUAUCCAUCUCUGGUUUUUACAUAUGCUGGGCAAACAGCAUAUUUGAUUAAGAACCCUGAUGAUUUCAAGGAUGGAUUUUACAAAUUUAUACCAAACGCUGUUUACUGGCCGAUCUUCAUCAUAGCCACACUGGCUGCAAUUGUUGCCAGCCAAUCUCUGAUAUCUGCAACCUUUUCUGUAAUCAAGCAAUCUGUUGUGCUGGAUUAUUUUCCUCGAGUGAAGGUGGUGCACACGUCUCCCAACAACGAAGGAGAAGUUUACUCUCCAGAAGUGAAUUACAUCCUUAUGAUUCUUUGUGUUGCAGUGAUACUCAUAUUUGGGGAUGGAAAUAUUGCGAAUGCUUUUGGUGUUGUUGUUAGCCUAGUCAUGCUCCUUACAACUAUAUUACUGACACUAGUCAUGAUCAUUAUCUGGAGAACAUCACCGUUGCUGGUUGCACUUUACUUCUCUGUAUUUUUCACAAUGGAGGGUGUUUAUACAAGGUUUUACAUUAGUAAGAAAUGUAGCAGGUUUGACAGAUUCAUGCUUGUCUUUUAUGAAGUUCUUCAUGGUAAUUCCAGAUCAGCCUUGCCUUCUCUAGGGGUGCUGCCACCACAGUGUAUUGAGGUUGGGAUGCUUUAUGAGGCUUAAAGAGAUACUUAUAUCAAUGGCUCAAUCAAAUUCCGCUAGAUGCAACAUGUAGGUAAGUAGUAGGAAAGCAUAUUGCAAGGUUCAUAUUUCUUGAACCAGGUUAGGUCCUGACUUCCUAUAAUAUCAUCUUUUUUUUUCUUUUUUUUUUUUGUGAGAACUUCACCUGUCUACUGUAUUUUUCUCUGGGAAAAAGGAGCACAAGAACUUCCUACGGGAGAGUACAGUACUCUUGUAUGGUUAAAUUUGUUGGGAUCAAAUUGUUGUUAGUUUUAGUUGUGUACUGGAGCCUAUAUUUGCUAGCUAGGAUGUGAUGUAAGAUAGGACUAUCAUUUUAUGUUCACAGAUAUUAGUUGUUCUUUAUACAUAGGUUAAAUGCUAAAUUUGG